AUGAUGCGGCCUAUUGCUAUGUACCUUGCGACUGUCCGGACCUUUCAUGCUUGCACAGUCAUGAAUUCCGGCGGUCUCUUCAGAGCGAAUUUGCCCGUAAACAACAACGAAUGGGGACCUCUAACGGAUUUGCCCGAUUUUACCUUGUUGGAUAGGCCCAGUCCUCGUUUCACCAGCGAGGGUCAACGUAGACGUGCCAUCCGGAAUUAUGAGGCUACGACUUCAAUAAUGCGCCUUACUGCGGAACUCUCCCGGACCAAGGCGAAAUCAGAGAAUGAUAAGGUGCAACAAGAAAUGUUGACAAGGAAAGCCGAGCAAUCUUGUUUACGGUCGAAAGGGACCUUUGCGCAGUCUUUCGAACAUAUAAAAAGUGAUCUUUGUGGACGCGAACAGAGCACCUAGUGUCGUCUAUUUUAUCUUUAUUACCCUCACAUAUUCUUAGUGUAUAUUAAUACCGGUAAAUUGAGUCA